UCACAAGCUAUCCAGCUGAAUGCUCGCAGUACAGCCCGAUUGUUCAUGACAUCACAUAUCAAACACUGGGAACAAAUCGCACUCCAAGCUUUCUCCAUCUGUCAGUCUGUCUGUCUCUGCAGAUUUCUACUGGUUAAAGCAGCAAGCCUCUUGUUACUCAGAAGCCUGUGUGUGCAGAGGAAAAAGCAGCUAUGAACCUUCCCUGUGUGUGCUACUUUUUACUCUUCUCUCCGGCUCUGGUUGCCAGCACAAGAUAUUUGCUCCAGCUACACCACAACAAAAACAGAUGUCUGGAAACAGGAUACUUGACGCACGCAGGCCUUUUCGUUAGAGGACACCACAGUUAUUCUCAAUCUGCAAGGCGGGGUUACGAAGAUCUGGAAAGCAAACUAAAACAGAUUUCAAUGGAAAAAAGCAGCCUCCUGCAUCAGCUCUCAAAAUCGGCGACAGAUUUGCAAGGAAUGAAGUCUUUGAAAACUGAAGAAGCAGCUGCCAAAAAUGACGUGCAAAAACUUCUGGACAUAAGCCAGAAGCAGAAAGACGAAAUGAAAUCUCUGCAGGAAGCCCUCCAGAAACAGAUCAAUGAGGCUGCAUUGAAAGCAGAGAAACAGCAGGCUGGGAUCAACUUCUUAAAGGCUGAGGUGGAAAGGAAGAGCAAGCUGAUAAAAGAUUUACAGCAAGAGAAUAAAAGUCUGAAAAACAAACUUCUGUCUGGGAACAAGCAGUGUGGCAUUCACGCAGAAGAGUCCAAAAGGAUCCAGUCACAGCUUAAGGAGCUACGCUAUGGGAAGAAGGAUUUGAUUUUUAAGGCACAGCAGCUGACUGAUCUUGAACGCAAACUGCUGGCAGCUAAACAGGAACUGGAAAAGACAGAAGGUGAUAAGGGAUCCCAGCUGAAAGCUUUGAAGGAAGUGGCACGUCUCUGUGUGUCAGGUGUCCUAAAGAACCAGCCCCCCUUCAUGAGUAUCGCCCCUCCCAGGACCACAGAGAGCGGGAUCUUAUUAACCAAAAACAGUUCCCGAUUUCCUUCAUACCAGCCCUCCAGGAAGCUCCUGGAUGUCUCCCAGACUGAAAAUACCAAUUUACAAAAUAAAGGGCCGGACCCCACUGAGGCCAUAAAGAGCAACAAUCAGGAUUUAAUGGAUUGCAGUUUGCACAAGGCUGGCAAGAAUUGUUCUACAAAUCAAGACAAUAACCCUCCUACUGAAUAGGAAAACAUCUGAAAUGUGUUCAUCUCCAAAGAUGAAAACCUACAAGACUGAGCAACGGUUCUCAAAAUCUGUUCACUUAGAGAUGACGGUUAUUGGUCAUGAAAAUGCAAGGUUGUCUGCCACAGAAGCACUGCGUAUAACAGUAGAAGAUUUUGUAUUUGAAAUCACUCCAUUUACCAAUUUUGUCAACCAUUUUCAUUCACACCAGUAUUCAAUAAUGUAGCAUGCUGUGUUUUUACUGCAAGCCAGCUGAUCUUUUUUAGACAAAUAGAAUCGAAUUAAGGUGAUUAGAGAAAAGUAGAAGGCUAAUUAGAGCUCAGUUUUUAUUAGAAUUAAUGGCAAUAGUAAACAGAAGGCUGCAAUAAUCCAUUUUUCUUAUUGAAACUGUCCUAUAACAUUGAUUGAUUUGACAAAUACAUAGUAUGUGAUGUAUACUGAUGCUGCAAGAGUUUCGACAAGUUACUGUUCACGGCAAAUUGUAAAAUCUGAUCAAUCACUAAAUCAACAAACAAGAAAAUUGCUUUAGUUAAUAACAAACUAAAAAUUAGGAGCCAAAAUUCAGCCUUGCAAUGUUAAGUCAUUAGUUAGUGGGUAUAUGAGCAUUCAAGGGGGUGAUUGAAUUCUUUAACAAUAACAACCACCUUCAGUUAAUUAACCAUUAGCAAAGCUGAUACUUCUUUUGCUAAAUCAAUUCUUCCCAAGCAGAUAUAUUUCUUAAAGCAAUAAUGAAUUGUCAUCUUUUUACUGAGUAAAAUUAUGUGUUAUUUUGCUUAAAAGAAAGACUAUCUGCUGGACAUUCUGAGUGUGCGUGAUGUUCUGAAUGCUCUUAUACUUUGGUCCCAUUUAGUACUUGUAAUAAAUGUGUGCUAGAAAACUGACAACUGAAACUUUGCAACCCUUAAUCCGAAAAAAAAAUCUCCCAUUAAUACACAAACAAAGAAAAUUAACUUAAUAGGUAGAUGAAUGGAUCUCCUGUAAAAUUGCUCACAAGUUUUAAUAUUCGUGGAAGGAAAAACCAAAAAACUCAUUUACAUUUGUACAAAGUCCCGUUAAUGGAGGCAGGCACAUAGACAGGGAGACAUGCUUUUGCCUCACAAUCACUGCAACACAAGUGGCUUUUUCUGGAACUUCAUUAUAUAUAUUUUUUCAGUUUCUUAUUUUCUUUCUUGCUCUUUACCAGGCCUACCUUCUCUUACAUAUUUUUAGUUACCUCAACUUUUCCCUCUUUUCCCAAGAAAUUUUCUAAUUACUCUUCAAGCUCCUUGACCCACAGUAUUGAUUUUUAUCAACUUAAUUAUUUUCUUAUCAACUUACACUCAACAAUUUGCCUGCUCUGCCCACUUUAUAUUUAUGAUUGUGUGGCUACGUACAGCUCCAAUGACGGACUUAAGUUUGCUGACAAACCACAGUUGAUGGCCAAAUCAAAGGUGGUGAUGAAUCGAGAUAUCAGAGGGAGAUUGAAAAUCGAUUUGGGUUGUACCACACAAUCUCUCACUCAAUAUCAGCAAAACCAAAGAGCUGAUUAUUGACUGUAGGAGGAAGAGGCUGGAGGUCCAUGAGCUGAACCUCAUUAGGAGAACAGAAGUGGACACUGACAUGUCAAAGGAUAUCUUUUGAGACCAGUAUGCAAAAUUCAUCACAAAGAAAGCACAACAGCACCUCUACUCUCCUAGAAGUUUGCAUAGAUUUGGCAUUCACCAAAAACUUUGACAGACUUCUGUAGAUGCACAGUAGAUAUUAUCCUAACUGUUUGCAUCACAUCCUGUAAGAAAACACCAAGCCCAGGUAUGGAAAUGGCUACAGAAAAUGGUGGAUACAGCUCAGUCCAUCACAAACACAGUGUUCUUUUGACAUGGAGAACUGCCACAAGAAAGCAAUGUCUACCAUCAAAGUCACCUACCAUCCAAGCCAUGCCCUUUUCUUGCUACUCCCGUCAGGCCAGAGGUACAGAGCCUCAGAACACGCACCUCCAGGUUCAGGAACAUUUAUCAUUCUAAAACCAUCAGGCUCCUGAUAUUCAUUCACCCCUACUCAGAAUUGAUUCUAUGAACUGCAGAUUCACUUUCAAGGACUCUUUCCAACUAAUGUUCUCAGUUUUAUUUUUACUUGCAUAAUUUGUCUUCUUUUGCACAUCAGUCUUUGUUUAAGUACAGCUUUUCUCAAAAAAUUAUACUGUAUUUCUUUUUCCCUGUAAAUGCCUGCAAGAAAAUGAAUCUCAAGGUAGUACAUGGUAGCACACAGAUACUUUGAUAAUAAAUUUACUUUAAACUUUGACAGUUGACAGUAUGAAUAUUGGUGGUAGUGGUAUUAACAAAGAAGAUAGUUUUAGGCAAUAGAUUGAUAUUGAUCAGUGGAUAAAUGGAACAAAUCAAUAGAAGAUGGAAUUUAAUCCUGAUAAGCAAAAGAUGAUGCAUUAUGAAGUGAGUUCAGGUAGUAUAUACGAGGGGUGAUUGAUAAGUUCAUGGCCUAGGGUAGAAGGAGUCAAUUGUAGAAAACCUAGCACAUUUAUUUUUCCUAAAUUUACACACUUAGUCCAGCGGUCGUGGAGCAUAUGGAUCCCUUCUUUGUAGAAGUCGGCGUCUUGAACCUCCAGAAGUGGUCCACAGCAUGGGGUGAUUGAUAAGUUUGUGGCCUAAGGUAGAAGGAGAUGAGUUAUUAACUUCAAACUUUCUGCAUUUUCACUUGAAGAGUUUAACUGCACGUGCUGUAACAAGAGCUGUGUAACUCAUCUCCUUAGGCCACAAACUUAUCAAUCACUCCUGCUGUGGACCACUUCUGCAAAGAAGUGAUCCGUAUGCCCCAUGACCUCUGGACUAAGUGUGUACAUUUAGAAGGGGACUAUAUUGAAAAAUAAAUGUGCUAGGUUUUCUAAAAUUGACUCGUUCUACUUUAGGCCACAACCUUAACAAUCACCCCUCAUACGCCAUGUAUGGUAGGACCCUGGGAAGUACUGACAAACAAUAGGGCUUUAUUGAACAAGAUGCAGCACAAUUAAGUGAGGUGGUGAAGAAGGUAGUGAAUGCACCCAAAUGGUUGUUGAAGUCUGCAAUGCACUAUCUGAGAAAGUGAUCGUGGCAAUUUUAAGAAACAACUGGACUAGCAUUUAAAAAUUUUAAUGUUAUAGAAGGUUAUGGGCCAAGUUCUGAUAAAAAAAACGAUUAGUGUAGAUAGACACUUGAUGGUUAGCUUAAAGGGCCUGGUUGUGGUUUAAAUGAUUCUGAGACUCAUUAACAUUUACGUUCCUAAUUCUGCUUCAUCGUCUGGCUUGGAUCUUGAGGCAUGGCCUUUGUCCUGUGAGUGCAAAAAGAGAAUGGAUUAUGCUUAUAAGCAGGACCAUGGAAUUGCUUGAGAGACAAAUCAUGAACAUGUUUGUAUAUUGAAAAUGACUUCUGUUUGCUGCUCACUUCUGGGUUAUGGAGAACCGGGAUGAAGGUUUGACAAAAGACUCAAGAUAAGGUAUCCAUUGAGCAUUAUCUGGGAUUGACCUGAGGGCACAUGCAAGGCAUGUAUGUGUUGAUUCUGAUCUCCUGCUGCACUGAGCUAGCCGAUGACCACAGGAUAUGAACUGAUUCAUUAUAGUUUGCUAUUAUCGAAAAGGUGACAAGGCAAGGACUUAUGUUUGAAGCCAAAAGAAUUUCCCGUUAAAAAACACAUAGAAAAUGAUUUAAAUGUCCUCCAUUAAAUCGAUAGUCAAUUUGAAAGCCUUAAUAGGAAACCAAAAAGAAAAUCCUUCACUGUUAGAAAAUCUCAAUAACUAGUGAAUAAUGAAGUGGAGGAACAAAUUACUAAUAUACCUGGAAGAUAAAAAUAAUUUAUUUUGAUAAAUUUCCCAUUUAUUUAGAGGCAGUAUGUAAUGGAGAAUCUCCUUUUUUGGAGAGUGGUGGAACAAAGUAAUUUAGGGAGCUGAUCGAAUUCAAGUUCUAGCAGAGCGCAAGGGAAAUUCUACAUGCUCUGUUUUAGGAUUGGUACAGCUGGGAAAAGAAUUUGGCAGAAAGGGAAUGUAAUACCAUUGUCAUAGGAAAGAAUAAAGCCAUAAAACUAUAGGCUCUCUGACGGUGGUGUCUGAAAAGAGGAUGCUGUCCAAGUUGCAUGCCAUCUUGGACAACGUCUCCCAUCCACUACAUAAUGUACUGGGUGGGCACAGGAGUACAUUCAGCCAGAGACUUGUUCCUCUGAGAUGCAACACAGAGCGUCAUAGGAAGUCAUUCCUGCCUGUGGCCAUCAAACUUUACAACUUCUCCCUUUGAGGGUCAGACACCCUGAGCCAAUAGGCUGGUCCUGGACUUAUUUCCUGGCAUAAUUUACAUAUUACUAUUUAAUUAUUUAUGGGGCAACUGUAACAAAAAACAAUUUCCCCUGGGAUCAAUAAAGUAUGACUAUGACUAUGACAUAUACUCACUGGCCACUUUAUUAGGUACACCUGCACACCUGCUCAUUAAUGCCAAUAUCUAAUCAGCCAAUUAUGUGGCAGCAACUCAAUGCCAUAAAAAACAUGCAGACAUGGUCAGGAGGUUCUGUUGUUGUUCAGACCAAGAACCAGAAGGGGAAAAAAAUAUGAUCUCAGUGACUUUGACUGUGGAAUGAUUGUUGGUGCCAGACAGGGUGGUUUGAGUAUCUCAGAAACUGAUGAUCUCCUGGAAUUUUCACACACAAUAAUCUCUAGAGUUUGCAGAGAAUGGUGUAAAAAAUGAGGCACAGUAGCUCUGUGGGCAAAAGCACCUUGUUAGUGAGAGGAGUCAGAGGAGAAUGGCCAGAAUGGUUCAAGCUGACAGGAAGGUUACAGAAACUCAAAAAGCCACUCAUUACAGCAAUGGUGUGUAAAAGAGAAUCUCUGAAUGCACAACAUAUGGGAUCUUGAAGUGGAUAGGCUACAGCAGCAGAAGGCCAUGAACAUACAGAAAUACACUCAGUGGUGUCUUUAUUUGGUAUCUCCUGUACCUGGAAAAGUGGCUACUGAGUGAAACUGCACCCUUUAGUGCGAAGUGGAAAGGAAAGAUCUACUAUGCAGAUCCUUAGAGGAGAUGCAAGUAGCUUCUGUUUUGGGUACAGAAAUGAAACGAAGAGGGAUGAAGGAGUGACAAUGUGCUUAAUUGUUUUCAAUUCUGAUGAGUAUGAUAGGUUUUCUAGCCUGGAUCAUAACAUGCUGCACCUCCUGGAUAAAUGUGAGCAAUUCAAUAGAAGAUCCCCUCACUACUUAAUAUUUCUAAUGUAAAAUGUAAUGACAGGAUCAUAUGUUAAGUAGCAUUUUACUGUUUGAAAUCUGAACUUCAUUUAUAAUAGAUUCAUAAUAGAUAAAAAAUUAUUCUUACUCACAUUAUUCCAGCCCAAAUGAAAGCAUUAAACACAGCAAGCACUCAAUUCUGUAAUUCAGGCAUCACUUAAAGCAAGUGAGAAACUGACAUAAUGCUUCAGGCUUUUAUCCAUUUCUCUCUCUGCAGCUGCCACCUGAUGUGCUCUGGGUUUCCUUAUUUCAGACUUGCUGAAACUUGACAGAUUGUAUGGAUGCACAGUGGAGAGUAUCAUAACUGAUUACAUCAUGCCUUGAAUGGAGAUACAACCCGCGUGCGUACACACACACACACACACAGUGUAAAUGUGAUUGAAUCCUCUGGUUGCCAAAGGAGGAUCUCAUUAUCAGAAAUAUUGCGGGAGACCAUACACAAAAUGACAAUCUCUCUCCCAGGCACUGGUUUACACAGAGAUGAUUUCAGAUUCAGUUACUGACCUGUGCCUAUAGAGGAGAUUUUGCCAAGUUGUGAACAAACCUGCUUAAAAGGGAAAUCAGUCCCUUUUUUCGACAUAAAAGGAAAUACAUUUUAUUUUUCUUUGAAAUGUUUGAUGGAUGAAAUAAUAAAUUGUGGUUGGACAUGGGAUUCUGAGUGGUAAAAUGAAGUAAGCAAAAAGCAACAUUGGUUCUAUUUAACAUUUAUACAGAAGACAUGAAUGUCUCAAGAUACCUUCCUUUUUAUCCAUGUGUACUAUUCUAUUUUCUUGCUUGUUGAGGCUGAUCAGACUAUCUUUAUGACAGAGUAUUUGCCUGAUUCAUAGUGUACAUUUAUAUUGUAAAUUCAUUAUGACCCAUCCAACUGAUAGUAGCAAAUAUAAUUUUCAUAGAAAGCCUGAAAGCAUAAAUCUCCGAAUAAACAUUCCAAUACUUCCAUUUUCAAAGAACAUCAAUCCCUUCAGAAAAAAAAAAUUACAGAGCAGCAAUGCCUUUGGGGUGUAUUAUUGAAAUGCAGUCUUGGGAACUUGGCUGUUUACUAAGGACUACUUUGCUCAUCUAACUUAAGUGGCCCCUGGCUCCUAAAACUGCAAAUAGCUUGUCUCAAAGUUUUACUGAAAUAAAUUCUUAAAGAGAAAGAUAAAGUAACUGUCUAAAACACAAUUUGAUACAAUCUGGAAUAUCUCCUAAACAGUGUAUUUAUACAAUUAUACCCUGUUUGAUUUGGUUUCAUCUCAUUCUGUACACAGAGAUAUUUUUUACAUCUCUUGUGGGAUGGAGAAAAUAAAUAGCACAAAUAAAUGUUGAUGCCACAUAACUGAUUUAUAUGAAAACACGAUUUAAUUACAUUUAUAUUUGGUAAUCUUCCGAUGGAGAUUACUUUUAUAGUAGUCUUUCAUUUUAUAAUCUUCACUCAAAAUGUGUAAGAAAAUAUCUUCAAUGGAAUGCCCAACUGUUCUAUUAUAAACUGUUUGUUCUUUAAUUGAAGACAUAAUUUAGAAGUGAAUAAAAUGCG